AUGAAGUACAUCCACUCCGAGGAAUUGCUCGAGAUCCCCGAGGGGGUCAAGGUCUCUAUCAAGACCAGGAACGUUGUCGUUGAGGGUCCCCGAGGCAAGCUCUCAAAGUCUUUGGGUCACUUGGCGGUCUCCUUUUCCCACCCCAAGAACAACCUGAUCAAGAUCGAGCUCCACCACGGAUCGCGCAAGAGCGUUGCCACUCUUCGCACUGUCCGGACUCUGAUUAACAACUUGAUCAUCGGUGUCACCAAGGGUUUCAAGUACAAGAUGCGUUACGUCUAUGCCCAUUUCCCCAUCAACGUCAACAUCGAGAAGAACAAGGACGACGUAUUCGAGGUUGAGAUCAGGAACUUCGUCGGUGAGAAGCUUGUACGAAGGGUCACCAUGAGGCCCGGUGUCAACGUCGAGGCAUCGAAGAACCAGAAGGAUGAGCUGCAACUCACUGGAAACAGUCUCGAGGAUGUUUCCCAGAGCGCCGCCGACAUCCAGCAAAUCUGCAAGGUCCGCAACAAGGAUAUCCGAAAGUUCUUGGACGGUCUCUACGUUUCAGAGCGGGGCAACAUCGAGGAUGCAUAG